AAUUAUCGAUUCCAUAGAAAAUGUGCGACUGGCACAAUUCGAGUGGGCAAAGGCUGUGCUCAUAACGAGUCAGAGAUGUGUGUGCCCUGAACCACCCAGCCAGCCACCCAGCCACCCAAGCAACCAACCCACCCACCCACCGUGCAAGAAAUUGUCCCAACAUGGAGCUGGAUUGGGGUACGGAAUCGGCAGCACGUCUGCCCAGCCUCGUGGACACUGAUCCGGCCAGCAAUUGGUCCACGCUGGCGAACUUCACGCGCCUCUUCAAUGCCGCCCCGGAGCUGGUCAACACGCUGCUGGAGCCCACGCCGGUGGCCGCCUUUGCCGCCAUGACGAACAGCUCCUCGCUGGCGCACACCGACAGCCUGCACGACGCAGGUGGCGCACCGAUGGCCGAACAGCUGCCGGAGCACAUGAUGGACCAUGCACCACAGCUGUCGCGCUCCGGGCUGCUCAAGGUCUAUGUGCUGGCCGUGAUGGCGCUCUUCUCGCUGCUGGGCAAUCUGCUGACCAUUUGGAAUAUCUACAAGACGCGCAUCUCUCGCCGCAACUCGCGGCACACGUGGAGCGCCAUCUACUCGCUGAUGUUUCACCUCUCGAUAGCCGAUGUGCUCGUCACGUGGUUCUGCAUUAUCGGAGAGGCCGCCUGGUGCUACACGGUGCAGUGGCUGGCCAAUGAGCUCACCUGCAAGCUGGUGAAGCUCUUCCAAAUGUUUAGCCUCUACCUUUCGACCUAUGUCCUGGUGCUGAUUGGCGUGGACCGCUGGAUUGCUGUCAAGUAUCCAAUGAAGUCGCUGAACAUGGCCAAGCGUUGCCAUCGCCUGCUCGGUGGCACCUACAUACUCUCGCUGGUGCUCAGCCUGCCACAGUUCUUCAUCUUCCAUGUGGCACGUGGCCCCUUUGUGGAGGAGUUCUAUCAGUGUGUGACCCACGGCUUCUACACGGCGGACUGGCAGGAGCAAAUGUAUGCCACCUUCACGCUGGUCUUCACAUUCCUGCUGCCACUUUGCAUACUCUUCGGCACAUACAUGUCCACUUUUCGCACCAUUUCAAGCAGCGAGAAGAUGUUUCAGGGCUCCAAGUUGGCCAACUAUUCCACGAACAAGUUGCCCACUCAGACGAAUCGACAGCGACUCAUACACAAGGCCAAGAUGAAGUCACUGCGGAUAUCCGUGGUGAUCAUCAUAGCGUUCCUCAUCUGCUGGACUCCCUACUAUGUGAUGAUGAUUAUGUUCAUGUUUCUGAAUCCCGACAAGAGGCUGGGCGAUGAUCUGCAGGAUGCCAUUUUCUUCUUUGGCAUGUCCAACAGCCUUGUCAACCCGCUCAUCUAUGGCGCCUUCCAUCUGUGUCCCGGCAAAGGCAGCAAGUCCAGUGUGGGUGGCAACAAUAAUGCCUACAGCUUGAACAGAGGCGACUCGCAGCGCACGCCCUCGAUGCUGACAGCCGUGACGCAAGUGGAUGGCACCGGCGGCAGCUCACGGCAGAUGCGUGCCUUUCGGCAGCAGAGCUACUACCGCAGCACGAGCAACAGUGCAGCAGCAGCGCCACCCUUCAAGGAGCAAGUGGGUCUGCUGCAUGUGGGUCCCGGCUCGAACGGCGCUGCUGCUGGCCCUGGCCCUGGCCCUGGCUCUGGCUCUGUGUGUGGCAGCAAUAGCGCCACACCGCAACUGAUGCGUAAAGGCUCCUCCGUGCGCAGUCCACAUCCACAUUUGGCCAUUCUCGUGCGGCAUCCCAGCUGCCUGCGGGAACAGGAACAGCAGCGACUGCUGCUGCAGACAGCGACGACAACCACAAUCCCCUCCAGCGUGGUGCUCAACUAUGACGGGCAGCGUGGCGGUGUGGGCGUGGGCGUGGGACUGGGACUGGGCAUGGCCAGUGCGCUGCUGGACAAUAAUGAGCGUGUGUCGAGCGUGUGAGAGCAGCUGGCGAUGGCGGUGGAGAAUGCGGCAACAGCAGAUGGGCCAGAGGAUGCGUGCACCUGCUGCCAUUGCCUGAGCAGGGAGCUGGUGCGGCGGCAGCAAGAACUGCCACAGAUACCAGUGCAGUGAGUGAUGUCAAGGGAGCUUAGAGUAAGGGAGUCAGAGAGUGAGAGUGAGAGUGAGCGAGUAAGAGUCAAGUUGAAUUUACUUAGAAGGUGGCGUUAUUCGCUAACUUAUUCACCACGCUCUGCUGGAUCACAGCUGUGGUGAAGGCCAGUGAAGACAGCCACCUUGUAGGUAAAUUCACCCUGGUAAGAGCAUUAGGUAAGAGCAUAAAGUAAGAGCAAGAGUGAGAGAGUGAGAGAGUGAGAGCAAAAGCUUAGAGUAAGAGUGAGUGAGCGAGAGUGCACACCUGGAACAGGAUGAGCCGUGUCUGUAUGUGCAUGUGUGUGUGUGUGUGUGUCAGCUGUGCGCAUCGAUGAUCAGAUCAUCCAUCGUGUGGCUGGUUAGUUAAUACAAACUGAGAGUUAAGUCUUCAAAGCACACAAAGGGUGUGCUUAGCGUAGCGUGUGUUUCGUUUCGUUUCGUUUCGUUUGUUUUUUUAUUCCUAGUUCGUAACAGUGGCACGUGCAGCUUCUGCAGCGACAAGUAUUUUAAUUAGCAACUAAUCCCUUUGCCAUGCAGCCAACGUUGCUGCUCUUUGCAGUCAAUCACUUUGCUUGCUUCGAUUUCCCUCCCCUCAGUUGCUAGUUCAGGGUAAAACAGGGUAAUAACUAUCUACUUAAUACAAAUUUUAACCAUGAAUGUGCAUUUUCUUGGGAGACACGUUUUGAGCUCCCAACUAGUUACCCCCAAAAAUAGCCAUAGCAAAAGGAAAACAAAAACCAAACUACAAACAAAAAUAUCCUUUAGGCAGCGCCUUUUUUGUGUAUUUAUUUGAAGACAAUAAAAUUCGAAGUGCGGAAAUAAGUGUACUAAGUGUUUACCCUUUUCUGAAACUGUUUGCCCCACAACUCAGUGGGAGAUUGCACCAUAACUUCCCCACCUAUUCCCGCAUCCUUUAUGUGUGUGUGUGCGUGUGUGUGUGCGUGUGUGUGUGUACUGUACUUAUGUAUAAAUAAUCUGUGUCAAAUUUGUAUAGUUUAUUUUUAAUAAAAACCGAAUGAUCCUUCCGAGA